AGGACUCCUUUCAGGAAGUCCUCCUCUGAAUAUCCUUUUAUAGAAGUCGAACACAAAAGGCUUGUUGUCCACUUCCUGUAAACAGCUUGGCGGCUGUGUUUGCAGCUCUCUGGUUGGUCGGCCCAGAUCCUGUGACUCUCUGGGGCUCGGGGGAGUUCCAGGAUGAGGAAGUGGGCUUCCCUUGACGGCUGCCAGGCACGGGGAAUAGAAAGUACUCUUGAUGCACAGAGAGGGUGGAAAAUAGGGAACAGAAAUUAUGAAAGGGCAGAGGGAUGUAAUUGAUUGUGAGGCACAUGCACGUAAAGAGCUUCUGUAAACUGAGAACAGACGGGGAACGGAGGCAGAGGUUUUACUGGCUGUCGAGAAUUGAGAGUACAGAUGAAACAAUCAAAAGUCAUGGAUAUGCAAAUGCCAGAGUUUUAAAAAAUGUUAAUGUGAGUGGAGCUGAAAUUUUUACUCAAUUGGCAAAAAGCACACCACCCACGUUAGCUUAGCGUAUGAAUGUCUUUUAUCAACUUCUAUUUUAAACACUAAGUUGAUAACAUCACCAGGUUAGUUCUCCAAAUGCUAUUUUUAUAAAAAUGUAAAUACUAUGACUUCUGGUUCGUUUGAAGUCUUAAUAUAGUUAUAUUACAUGAUGUGACACUGUCAUGUGUGUCCCAUUUUUUAAUGUCGUCCCAUACAUUCGUCCGUCCGUCAUCUUCCACUGACUCAGUCGGUUCUGGUACACUGACUGCAUCACCCUAGAUGCAGUACCAAUUGACCUGCCUGUCUCCUGCUCCAUUUUUCCCAUCUUUAACAUUUAAUAAUGUGUAUUUACUCAACAUGCAGAGUGAAAGAUUUUCAAUAUUUUAUAUUUAAAUGCCCCAAAACAUUAGCAAUCGCAAACCCUUGAAUCAAGCUCUCACCCACGCUCUUGUUAGAAGAUAGAUGUGAAAUGUUUAAUGUAUUUCUUAUACGGCUGAUCAUUACAUCUAUUGUUUCUAGUUUUUCACACUAGGGUAGCAGACAUAAUACCAGAAAUAAUUUUAUCAAAUUUCCCACAAUCUCUCAGUUUUUCUCAUUUUUGUCCAAGACGGCUCAGCGACACUCAAGAUCAGGAAGUCUCUCAGAUCACCCUCUUCAUUUUUUAAAGGUCACACCUGAUAGUUGAAUUGGUGACAUAUGUUUUUAAAACAGACAAGCAAAAUCUGAUUAACACUUGCAAAAAUGAUCAAAUAUUGCAAGGACACUAACCAAUAGGAUUACAGGAUGAAACCACAGCAAAAACAGGGAAAGAUUGUAAAAAAAAAAAAAAAAAACUCCAGAAAUGUAUUGAAAAUAGACAGUAGAUAUAAACAAUAAGCAUGAAAAUCAGUUGAAAGGAUGAAAGCGAAAUACAAAGAGAAUAAUCAUAAAGAUAAGCUAAUGCUAUGAACAAAGCAGUUUGAUAGCAAGAGUUGAAAUGCUGCAACAAGUUUAGAGGAAAUAGAGAAAAGUGUGAGCACUUUGUAAGAGUAUCAUGGGCUGGAAGUAGAAAUAUGUCUCCUUUUUUGAUAAAAGCAAAUCAUAUUAAGAAAAAGAAUAUUAAACCUAAAUUUUCUGACAUGAUGCAGUCGUAAAACCUCGCAUUGCUUGAAUCUGCAUCUGUCCGUUCUUAUAAAAGUCUCGCUACUUAAGUCUCCAACCCUACCUGGAAGCUAUAUAAAAAUCUUCAGCUGCUCAUUAUGGAGCCUCACUUGACUUGAGGAAUGUGUGUUUCGAGCUGUUUCUGUGACGGACAGACAUGCAUGAGGCUACAGUGUGUGUGGUGUGUGUGUGUGUUUUGGUAAGGCGAAGUGUGAACACACCCUCCUCCAGACAUCGCCGCAGCCCUGCAGCUAUGGAAUUCCGACUCAGGAAUAACAUGUCCCAACCUGGCCGCCUGCACCCAACAAUCAGCGCCCCACGCACUUGAACGACCACUGGAGGCUCACGUUAGGUCUCUCAACUGGGCAUAAUUUUAUCUUGCCUGGACAAGAAGGUGCUUGCCCCCGUGCAAGUAAGCCGAGGAAUGAGGCAGCCUGCAAAGACCUGCCCUGAUUGGGGUGAAAAAGAGAGGAAGAGUGGAAGCGAGAGAGCGAAGUAAGGAUACGAGUGUUGAAGAAAGAAGUGCGCACAUUCAGCUGGGACACAACGCUUCAUUCAUUGUUUGCUAUAUCCUCUGUAGGACACAGAGGAGGCUGCAAACAGGUUGAACGUAGGUGUAGAUGUGUGACAGCGGAGUGUGUGAGGACAAGCCCCCCGCUCCCCCUGUCAGGAUGAGUAGCCAAGGAGGAGGAGCCAAGGACCCCCAGUCGGCCAAUCACAACUCUCGGCCGCUGCCGUCUGCACCGGAGGAGAAGAAGGCCAGGAACAAAAUCAUCUCCAUAUUUGAUAAAGGAUCUAAGAAGAAGGAUAAGGACAAAGACAGGCCUGAAAUCUCUUCCCCGUCAGACUUUGAACACACCAUCCAUGUUGGUUUUGAUUCUGUCACUGGUGAAUUCACUGGAAUGCCGGAGCAGUGGGCCCGGCUCCUUCAGAACUCCAACAUCAGUCCGUCGGAGCAGAAACAGAACCCGCAGGCGGUCCUCGACGUUCUCAAGUUCUACGACUCCACCAGCGGAAAACAGAAGUACAUGGAUGUUCCUACUUCAGAUAAAGAUUCUCAGUUGCCGGGCAAGAAAGAUACGACUACUUCUCCGUUAGCCAGAGACGGCGAUGACGACGAGGACGACGAUACACCGCCUCCGGUCGUGGCGCCACGGCCAGCGCACACAAAAUCCAUGUACACAAGGCCGGCCCAAGAAACAGAAAGUGCCAAGGCAGCUGACCAACAGAAAGCGAAGGGAGGCAAGAUGACUGAUGAAGAAAUAAUGGAAAAGCUAAGAAGUAUCGUCAGUGUCGGAGACCCUAAAAAGAAAUAUACUCGCUACGAAAAGAUCGGCCAGGGGGCCUCUGGUACAGUUUACACAGCCAUAGACGUUGCCACAGGACAAGAGGUGGCCAUCAAGCAGAUCAACCUGCAGAAGCAGCCAAAGAAAGAGCUCAUCAUCAAUGAAAUCCUGGUCAUGAAAGAGCUGAAGAACCCCAACAUUGUCAACUUCGUAGACAGUUUCCUGGUCGGGGACGAGCUUUACGUGGUGAUGGAGUAUCUGGCCGGCGGCUCUCUAACUGACGUUGUGACGGAGACGUGCAUGGACGAGGCUCAGAUUGCUGCCGUCUGCAGAGAGGUCCUUCAGGCUUUGGAGUUUCUUCACGCCAACCAGGUCAUCCACAGAGACAUCAAGAGCGACAACGUACUUCUCGGGAUGGACGGAUCAGUCAAACUCACCGACUUCGGCUUCUGCGCUCAGAUCACCCCGGAGCAGAGCAAGCGCAGCACCAUGGUGGGGACGCCGUACUGGAUGGCUCCAGAGGUGGUGACCAGGAAGGCUUACGGGCCCAAAGUGGACAUUUGGUCUCUGGGCAUCAUGGCCAUAGAAAUGGUGGAGGGGGAGCCUCCAUAUCUCAAUGAGAAUCCUCUCAGGGCGUUGUAUUUAAUCGCCACCAACGGGACUCCUGAGCUGCAGAACCCAGAGAAGUUGACUCCCGUUUUCAGGUCCUUCCUGUCCAGCUCUCUGGAGAUGGACGUGGAAAAACGAGGGUCCGGCAAAGAGUUGCUGCAGCAUCCCUUCCUGAAGCAGGCGAAACCUCUGUCCAGUCUAACCCCUCUCAUCCUGGCAGCCAAGGAGGCAAUGAAGAGCAAUCGCUAACCCUCCGCCUUGAUUUCAGAGACUUUAAAACAAACACGGACCACCAACUGUCUCCCAGCGGUCCGUGUGUGUGAUCAUGAGAAGUCUACCAAUGUUUUGUUUUUCUAGUCGUCAUAAAAUGCUGCUCCACUUUCCUCAUGUUUCUGGACUGAUGAUCUACUAAUUUUCCAUUUGUGCCUUGCUCCAAAGCCGCGCGAAGCCAAAGGAAGUUCCCUGUUAGUUGUUGCCUUGUGUUUCUUGAAGCAUGUCCAAAACACAACAUCGGUCCGGCUUGAGAAUCUUUACAUAUUAAGAAUUUCAUCGUACAAAGGGAGCGCUACUAAAAUCCACUUAAUUAUGCAGGACAA